CCCCCUUUCCUAGCCUAUUGUUCCCUCUCUCUCAUACGCUGGCUGUUUCACUGAGAGAUCUCACUGCAUUCCGCACACCUGUUAGCUGUAACCAUCUGACCAAGCACCAGAAAAAGAACAGGAACGAGAGACGGGAUAUGGAUCUUUACGCAAUCAUCAGUGCUGUUUUGCUUCUGCAACUGCAAGGUUUUCAUGUGGCCUUGCUCCAGGCACCAACAGACUCUCCAGGACAAACGAUUGAUCAAAGUUGGCUUCGUCAAUUGGUCAAAUCCAAGCUAAACAAGACAACAUCACAAGCUCAGUCCAAUGACAUUGUUGAUAUGACAAUGGAGGGUACUGAGUCAACAGAUGACUCUGAAGGGGUUAUCGCAAAUGGCUCUGUGUCAUUUAGUGGGGAACAGGACAACGUCCAGGACACAAAUGAGACUUCAGGUGGUGUGACAAUUGGCACCACAAUGCCACCAGGGUUGCCAAAUGCUACAGCAGAGGAACCUCCAGAAACCACUGUUGCACCAGAACCCCCAGUGAGUGUUGCCUUAAACUCAAGCCAAGUUUCCAAUGCAACCGGAGAGGACAGUGGAUUCCAAAAUGCCACCACUACUGCAAUCACAGAAAACUCAAAUGGCUCUAAUUCCAUGUCCAAUUACACUGAAUUAAAUGAGACAACCACAGCUCCAGACACCAAUAGCACAGAGCAGAUUGGUCCAGAUCAUCCUGGUGCUGAGAACAGGGUAACCAACAGUACAGAGGACUUCCAUAAUGUAACGACUGCAGUACCAGAGCCAUCCAGUGAACCAUCCACAGCUUCCCCCUCCACAAAGCUUCCCUUGGACUCCCCUGGGACUACAACUGCCAAAAUCACCCCAGAAACUACAACAACCACAGGUCCCAGCACAAUAACAGCCAUGAUGAAAACUGGUGCCGCUUCAGGAAGCAACUCUGCGAGAGGCUUGGACUCAGAUGCAGUGCAGAACAGGAAGAGGAGUGAGGCAUGGGCUGCCAUCCUGGGCAUAGGAGUGGCAGUGUGCUUCGUGGCGAUGGUGGUCUACGUCAUCCUGAGAAGGAGAGACCGACGGGAUUUCACACACAGGAAGCUUGUUGAGGAAAUCCCCUCAGACCCAGUUCAACGACUGAACAACCCUGAGCCCGUGGACUUGAAAUAUGAUGGUUCCGCCUACUACAAUCGUGGACUCCAAAUGGACAAUAUCCCAAUGGACCACUUUCCACACGGACAUCAAAAUUGAGAAGGACUCCAAGACUAACCUUAAACACUUUAAAGGAGACUUUCAUAUACAAAAUACUUAUUGAGACCCGACAUACGCAUUAACGUGCAUAAGUCUCUAUAGCAGAAUGUCAAGUCAUGGAUUUACUGCACCCUAAUGCAUUGGUUAUGUGGGUUUAGAGCCAAAUUUGCGGUGUCAUUUUUUUGUACAUUUUUCCAAAUUCCAGGUAACUUUGAGAAUUUGGAAAUGUGUUAGGAAUCUAUUAUUAUUUUGGAACAUUUGAAUAAUAUUUUUAUAUGUUUUUAUUUCUAAAAUUACAUUGGUUUGGAAGGAAAGUUUUUAAAUUUGCUGGAAAUAUUUCCAUUCUUUGUUACGCCUAGGAUGCAUACUACCUUUACAUAACUUAGACUUCCACAUAAUUAUCGCAUUGAUCUCAAUGGGAGGAAACGUCAUGCAUGGAUCUCAAUUUAGGAGUCUAGACACUCCAGCACAGUCUAUUAUAGAAGUACUAAAAGCCAAAAAUGAAGUCUUAAUUGUCUGCUAUAUUUCCAAGAUGGUUCGACAAAGGUAAUUAAACAUUUCUUAGACAUGAAGACCUACACUCAAAUAAGGUUAUUUUUGUACCUUACUCUAAAUGACAAUUUAGCCAGAGGUCAUCUCAAUAUAAACAUAAAUGUUUGAUUUUUAUUUAACCUUUAUUUAACUAGGCAAGUCAGUUAAGAUAUAUACUUCAAGAAUCAUGUCCAUAAUUAUUGGCACCCUUGAUAAAGAUGAGCAAAAAAGACUGUAUAAAAUCAAAAUAUCAAAUUCUGAGCUAUAUUGCAUAAAUCAAUGGGGAAAUUAGAUUAUUUUAUACUAAUACAAUUGCUCAGAGAAAGAGAUUUUGUUUAAAAAGUAAUAAAAAUACAUCUAAAAAAGCUAGCAGGGCAGCAGGUAGCCUAGCGGUUUAGAGUGUUGGACCAAUAACUGAAAGGUCGUUGGUUUGAAUCUCCAUGCUGACUAGGUAAAAAAAGGUGUUGAUCUGCCCUUGGGCAAGGCCCUUAUAGCUCCUAUAAGUCACUCUGGAUAAAGUGUCUACUAAAUGACUAAAAUAUAGAUAGGGUUCAAAAUGAUUGGCACCCCUGUUUUCAAAACUCUAGCACCCUCCCGUAAUGAGUAUAAUGACACCCUUUUUCCCAGUGGUGUAAAGUACUUAAGUAAAAAAUACUUGAAGUACUACUUAAGUCAUUUUGGGGGGUAUCUGUACUUUACUAUUUAUAUUUUUUUAAUACUUUUACUUUUACUUCACUAUAUUCCUAA